UCGACAUUAGUCGAUCAAUGAGAUUCUAUGAUUUUACUAUUCUGAAAUUGAAGUGAAGUGAUUUUUAUUAAAAUUAAUAGUUUUGGUUAUAUGAUUUAAAAAAACAAUUAAAUAAAAAAAUGGGCAAUCGAAACAAGAAAAAGCCUGUUGAACGACUUAAAUCACGCAAAGAAGUGCGAAAGGACAAGAGACUUCAGAAAAAAGCGAAUCGAGUUCAUUUUCAAAAACGAAAAAAGGAAUUGAAAAUUGAAUAUAAAGAACGAAUGAAGCAAAAGAAUCUGGAUAAAAAGGGUAAAUUGAAUGGAAAAUUACCGACUAAAGAGAAAAAAAUUGAAAAAACAAGUGAUGAAGAGGAUUUCAUGGAUGACGAGCAUUUUGAUGGUGGCGAUGAUGAGGAAAUUGAAUCCGAUUUCGAGCUCAGCGAUGAAGAAUUAGAAAUGAAAACGAAAUCCAUGUCUAAAAGUAAUCCUGCCCCAAAGGCAGCAGCAACACAAUUAGAACUGGACCAUCAACGCUUAAAGAAGCAAGAGCAGUCAUUGCGAAAAGACAUGGGCAAACAGCGUGUCAAACAAUUGAAAAUGGCAAAUGAAGAGGAAGACAAAAACAUUCACAAAUUGGAAAAACUAUUGAAAAUCGAUAAAAACCGGAGUAAAAAAACAAAAGGCGUUCCGAAGAUGUUCUACGAUGGUUUAGACUAUGCAUUGGAAAUGUGUUUACCGGAAAAUAUUGAGAAAAUGUAUACAGCUGCGAAAGAGGCUGCCGAUGCCGAUCAACAAUCUGAUAGUGAAUGGCAAGAAGAUUUUGCACUGGCAACCGGCGAAAUAGAAGUAAACCAAUCAACCGACAACGUUGAAAAAUCAAAGAAAUCACAACCAAAAACGAAAGAAAUAGUAGCCACUGUUGAGAAGAAAAAAGCCCAUCGUUUACGUGAAAUUGAAUCCAAGUAUUUUGGAGCAUCUGAUGAUGAAUUGGCAUCAGAUCUCAGUGAUGUUGAUUCUGAAUUUGAAAAGAGCAUCGCUGAUGAAGAAAACAAUUCUGAUUCAGAUGAUAUUAGCAACGAUGAUGAUUCGGAUGAUGCGCCGGAAGAAAUAAGCACCGUUACAAAAUCGUCGAAAAAACGUCAAUUAGAAAAAUUAAAAUUGACCAAAGUAAAAGAAAUAAAAGAAAUAAAAGAGCCUGAAUAUAGCGAUGAAAGUGAGUCAGAAAAUGAAUUCGACGAUGGUUUAGAUGCCUUUUAUAACUUAGACGAUUCCGAAAUGAGUGAGAACGAAUCAGAUAUCGAACCGGCAACAAAAGUGCCCAAAAAAUCCGACCAAAAUAAUGAAAAAGUCAAUAAAGAAAAAAACAAGAAAUUAAAUAAAUCGAGUAAAAAGCAAGAAAAUAAUGAGUUUAGUGAUGAGGAUGGGGUGGAUCAAGAUAUGGACGAUGAUGAAUUUUCUGAUAGCAAUCAGAGCGACAAUUCAGCUGAAAAAGAGGAAAAAUCGAACAUUUGGGAAGAUAUUUAUGGGCGAAAACGUGACAAAGACGGAAAUAUUAUAAAAGAAGACCCUCAACAAACGACCGGUAAAUAUAUACCGCCACAUUUGAGAGCACGUAUUGCAACCGAGGCUGGUAAUGGUAAUGCUGAUACUGAUAUGGAUCCAAAACGUAAAGAAAAAUUGCUGCAAUUGAAACGAUUACUAAAAGGUCAAUUGAAUCGGUUGUCAGAAGCAAAUAUGCAUAAAAUUUCAACGGAAAUUGAUAAUUUGUACAUGCGAAACUCACGGCAUGACAUGAAUUCCACACUGACGGCUUUAAUUUGUGAUGCAUUAAUAUCGCAUGUUUUGGCACCAGAACGAAUGGUCAUGGAGCAUGCCCUACUUAUUGCAGCCUUACAUGCAAACGUUGGCACCGAAGUCGGCGCCAAUUUACUCGAAAAUUUGGUCGAUCGCUUUCAUCAAAUGUUAAAUGCUGGCAUUGAACAGUACGAAAUUGAAGAUAAAACUCUAGACAAUGUUAUUUUCGUUUUGUGUCAUAUGUAUACGUUCAAGAUUUUCCAUCAUCGUUUAAUCUACGAGCUGUUGAAUAAACUUGUUGAAAGAUUUUGCGAAAAAUCCAUAGAGUGUGUCCUAUUAACAUUGCGUUCGAUUGGAUUUUCAUUGCGAAAAGAUGACCCAGCUGCACUUAAGGAACUUAUUAUAACGAUACAAAAGAAAACAAGCGAAGCAUCGGAGGAAUUGAAAACAAACGCUCGUCUAAAGUAUAUGCUCGACGUUUUAACGGCAAUCAAAAAUAAUAAUGUAAAUCGAAUACCAAAUUAUGAUCCAGCGCUAGCCGAACAUUUGCGAAAAAUCUUGAAAACAUUAUCUGUAAACGGAAAGUAUGUAACGACGUUGAAUAUUUCAUUGGAAGAUUUGGUGAAUGUACAAAAUCGUGGUAAAUGGUGGGUCGUUGGUUCGGCAUGGACGGGCAAUAUAAAUGAUAUUAGCGGUGCGGUCAAGGCAAAUGCAUCGAAGAAAAAUGAACAAAAAUUCAGCGAACAAUUACUUGAAUUGGCCCGCAAACAACGAAUGAAUACCGAUGAACGUCGUAAUGUAUUCUGCAUUUUAAUGAGUGCCGAAGAUUAUAUCGAUGCGUUUGAGAAAAUUUUACAUUUAGCAAUUAAAGAUCAUCGAGUCGUUGUAUCGGUUAUAAUACACUGUUGCCUAUCGGAAAAGAUAUUCAAUCCAUAUUACGCAGUUGUUGCACAAAAGUUCUGUGAUUACGAUAGAAAGUAUCAAUUGGCCAUUCAAUAUGCUGUAUGGGAUCGUAUCAAAGAUAUGGAAUCGCAAACGAAGUGUCAAUUAACAAAUUUGGCCCAAUUCCUUGUUCAUUUGAUAACACAUGCUGCUCUGGCCAUAUCCGUGCUAAAAGUAAUUGAAUUUGGUGAAUUGGAUAAAGUCACGUUGCGAUUGGUGCGUCAAGUGUUGCUCGGAAUCUUAUUGGGCAAGGAAGAUAUUUGUAAAGAGGUGUUUCAACGUAUUGCGCCGAGUGCACAGUUGAAGGCAUUCAAGGAUAGUAUUCGUUUGUUUAUGCAUCAUUUUCUUUUGAAAGGUGGCGCCAAAAAUGGCAUUCCUGAAGACAGAAUGCAAUUGUUAAAGGAGCGUAUUAAAAUUGCUGACAAAUCAUUGGAUACUGCAACCAUUCGAUUUUAGACUUUAUUUCAUAAUUUGCGAAUUAUAUAUAUGGCAUUAUUUUUAUAUCGAAUAAAAUUAUCGAUUGAUAAAUUUACUAUGUACAAUAUAUUA